GGGGCUGGGACCCUGAACGAGGUGUUUGCUUGCUCACAGGGGUCGACAGCAACAGUGCAGCUUGUCCGGAAGAACUAUGCUGCGAGGGAAGUCCCGGCUCAACGUGGAGUGGCUGGGCUACUCGCCUGGGUUGCUCCUCGACUACAAGACGCCUCAGAUGGGGCGCACACAACGGAGCCCUGGCCGAAAUGAAAGUUCAUUAGCAUCUACCCUGAAGACUCUCCUGUUCUUCACAGCUUUAAUGAUCACUGUACCUAUUGGGUUAUAUUUCACCUCUAAAUCUUAUGUGUUUGAAGGUGCCUUUGGGAUGUCCAAUAGGGAUAGCUAUUUUUAUGCUGCUAUUGUUGCAGUGGUUGCUGUCCACGUGGUGCUGGCUCUCUUUGUCUAUGUGGCCUGGAAUGAAGGUUCACGACAGUGGCGUGAAGGCAAACAGGAUUAAAGUGAACAUCAUCUUUUCAUAGCACUACAUUGAUAUUUUUAAAUAGCAAAUGUUUCUGGGAUACUGAUGAUUUCCAUAAAGUUGAAAGGACAUGUUAAAAUCUUUAUCUUAAGGAGUCACAAUUGACUAAUGUAAAUUUUGAUCCUUCUAAUAUAGUGGUUUGUAUCCUUGAUUUUAACUGUAUGAGCCUCUCAUUUGCAAAUAAGAAUUUGGAAAAAUUAAAUUGGUUACAAAUAAGUAUGUUUAAUUACACAUUAUUCUGUAAAGAAUUUGAUUAUUUUACAACAAAAAUAUUCUGUAGCAUUUUGUUGUUUAGUUGGUUUUGAGUUUUACUUUUCUGGCUCUCUUAAUACGUACACAGUGAGACAAAUGAAAACUUUAUUUUUUGCUGAAAUACUUUCCCUAACUAUUAUGAAAGUACCAGGUCAUUGGAUUUUGGGUUGUAAAUUCCUAUGGAAAAUUGUUUAAAUUAUGGAUGCUGGAAUUAUUCUGAAUGUCACUGAAAAAUCUCAAAUAAAAUGUAAUCCCUAGUCAGAAGGAAUCUUUCAUUACGUUAUUUCAUGGCAAAACUAGGUUGAAUUCCACCUGUUUUACACGAACUGCUUAAUUGAAGGAUCUCAAUAGCAAAGUAGAGCUAGCUUCCUAGACCAUGGCCUGCUCCCUAAAGCCCCCUUGAAAGCCAGCUUGUGCUUUAAUACCAACUCUUUAAUAUAAUCUACUUUGCUCUUGUUCAAUAAUAAAGUUAUGCUUUAAUUACCAGGUUUGUGUAAAUUCCCUUUAAAUUUGUUUUUCUUACUGUUUUUAUAAUGCAUAUGAUAGGGAUUUACAUUUUAAAUGUUUAUUUUUGCAUACUUAGGUAGUGUGAACAAUCUUGAAAAUAGAUUGUUUUUAUUAUCCAGAAAGUAUUCUUAGUAUUUCUAGUCUAGUAUUUUUAAUCAGACCUGUUAUUUCCCAGGUAUGUAUAAUUAGAUAAUUCUUAAGGCCCAUUAUGAUAGAAAAAGACCUUGUGUUUUUAUUUUAGUAUCUUUAGUCUGUUCUUUCUAACCACUUGGUACUAUUUGUAUGCAAUCUAAAAACACACCUAGAAAAAUGCAUAUUUAAAAAGGAAGAAAAUUUAAAUUCCCUAUAUUUUUGCCACCUGGAGAUAACCAGUAUUUUGGUUUACAACCUAUGUGCAUUUCUUAAUGGUAAUUCAGUAUUCACUGAACAUUUGGAUUAAGUUUAAAUCCUGCCAACUUUUCCUGACAGCUAUUGGCAUUUUUUUUCCCCACAGGAGUGAUCAGUGGCCAUUUUCUUAAAAACGCGCGCGCGUGCACACACACACACACACACACACACUCUACCUUUAUUCUUUUAAGGAGGUAUCUUAUUUUUCAAAUUUCCUGUUAUUGCUAAUUCCUGUUUGCCAUUACCAAUUUGUUCACUCCUAUUUUUAAUGUUGUGCAAUUGGAUGGAUUGGAUUCUUGUUUAGUUAAAUGUCUAGUUUAAAAUGUCUUUAAGCAGUUAUUCUAAAUGUAAAGUGUUUUCCUAAAAAAAGACUACAGUUUUAGUAUAAAAUUAUACAGCUUUAAUAAUGAAAUUAGUAAAUGUGGGAUACUGUGUAGUAGAUUUCUAUAUAGUCCCCUGUUUAGAUGCCUUGUUGUACUUAGAAUUGUUAUCUACCUAAUUUCUUUUUCUAUAAUGCCAAAGUUUUUCUUAUACUUUUGCAAUGUUAUGCUACUUGUAAAAUAUUAAUAUCCAAUGUUGGAUUAUUUUGUUUGAUUUUCAACAUUUGCUAAGUAGAUAAUGAUAAGACUAUUUUUCUGCAAGUAUUUAAACCAGGGAUUCAUGCAAAAGCAGUUGUAAUUUCCUCUUGAAAAAAAGUACCAUAUGUUUCAAAUUUAGAAUUAGAUGCUAGGGUUGAUAUUUAGGAUUACUACAAUAGAUUUGUUUUCAAACCAGUUCAUUUUUUCCUGGGGUUUCAACUGUAAACUCGUUAGUUUGCUACUGUUGAAAUAACAUGGUAUUUGACAUACAGAUUUAUUUUUUACUAGUUUUCUCUUGCACCACAUACAUACUUCAGGAUGUAUAGAAAGAAAAGCUAUGAUUGAGCCCUCAUACAUGUUUUAAGGUAGGCAUAUGUUGUUUGAAAACUGAUUGUAAGAAUAACCACAAGAAGGGAGUGUAACUUAAAAAUGUCAGCACAAACUACUGAUUUAACCCCAUUUACUGUAACAUAUUGCCUUCCUGGCCGUACCUCCCAGUUUACCCCCCAGAAUAUAAUCUUUCUUUCCCAUUGUGCUGAAAACUGAAGUCUUCUGUAGAAUGCAUCUGAUGUCAUCAGUUCUUCAAGUGGAUACCAUUUUACAUGUAGCAGCAAAGUUCAGUUUUGAGUUGUUACUGGAGAAAUUUAAACCAUUAACUUAAAAAAAAA